CAUUGCCCAACGACGGCAACCCUCGCCAAAGUCAGCUAAUUAUUGCAAAUAUUUUGAAGCCCAGCUACGGCGCGACUCGAAUCACUAUCUCUGAGGCCAAAUAACGACCAUCGUCCUCCACUUCCGUCCAUCGCAAACUUGUCAGCAUCGUCCGAUUCGCUUCUUCACUGAUCACUGCCACUGAACUCCUACGCCCCUGUAUGUGGACAUGUCUUGACCGCAGCAUCCGCCGAGUAUGAAGGCCGUUCUCCCAGGGAAGCCCGAGUCCAAGUCACAGGCCGUCUCGACUGGAUUCUGGGACUCUCGGCGCAUAAUCGCCUAUAUAACCGGCAAUGCAUUCGCCAUCCUCUCCGACCACAAGACGCUGCUUCAGACCGUAUACGACGAUGACGAGUCCCCCCUCCGCGCGAUAGCUUUUGACGAGGCCAGCGGCAAGAUAGCCACUGCCACCGACGACUGGGUGAGGGUAUACAAGCCAUUUGGCCAGGAGUUUGAUGCUGUCAAGUGGGCUUUGCAGUCGACGUUUCAGCCUUUUGCAGACUCAGACGAUGAAGCGACCGACAUCACGCCCAUCUCGCUGUCGUGGGGCGCCUCGGAGGAACUGUUGGUGGCAAGGGCGGCGCUCAAGGUCUAUCAGACGUCCGAUGCAGACCCGGACUGUAUAUGGACCAGGGACCUCGCGGGACCUGUGCAAUGCGCCGAGUUCUCGUACGACUCGGCGUUUAUAGCCUGCUGCGGUCUCCACGACGGCUUGGUUAAGGUUUGGAGGAGACUGAGCUUUGGGUCUGACGGGGUCCGAUUCGACUUUGUAUACCUGCUGCACCCGGCGCCAGUGACGAGGAUAGAGUGGCGGAGGCCGCAUCACGUCGAGCAGUCGAUGGAAAACGUGCUCUACACGUUUUGCGCGGAUAAAAUGCUGCGGGUAUGGGCUCCUGGCGACGCGCACGGCGGGACGUCACACCUGCAGCUCUGGGGCCAGCUGGAUCUGGCAGAGGCCAUCCAGGGCCGGGAGUCGGAAAUCAGGUGGGCUUUCAUAAUCCACGGCCGGGAUCUCAGCGCUGCGGUGGAGACGGCCGUGCAAGAGGCGGGCGCCGAGGAGGACGACAUGGGCCUGCAGCAUGUCGUGGCCGUGGCGAACCAAAACCCGGAGCUAUGUGUGGUCAUGGACGCCAGGGGGUGUCUCACUGCAUGGGCGUUGGAGAACGUCGGCGGAGGUAAGGGUGCGUCCAAGAAGGACAGAAAGGUGUUUAACGCCGCGCACGUCGUUUCCAAGGAGUUUGAUUGGAUGUCGAUUCUAUCACUGGACGAGGCGCAGCACCGUGUCGCCAUAUACAGCUUUUGUAACAAGCCCGGUGGUCACUUGAGCCUCCUGAUACACGACUUCCGGGGUACUAUCAGCGUGUAUGAGGCCAACGUUGCCGACAUGCUGAUCCAAAGACCCAGCAACGGUGAUAAACCGAGGCUCAGGCUGCGGGGAAUCUGGUCGGGCCACUCGGCGCCGAUCCGCAAGAUCGUGCGUGACAUCUCGGGCCGGGCGAUUGUCAGCCGGACGCGAGAUGGCGAGUGCAACGUGUGGAAGCACAAGCUCGGGGCCCGGGAGACGAGCCUCGGGUUGCUGGCAAUGGCGGCCGACAUGGGCCAGAUGCACCGCAUCUGUGUGCUGCGCAAGGGCCAAUUUGCUGUGUUUAUGCGUGCCGACAGCAUUUCGCUAUGGGAUUGUCGGACGUCAUCUUCGCCAAGGGUACUGGCCAAGACUGGUUACACGGUCCAAGGGAAGCCGUUAUGUCUGGUCGCCUUGCCGAAACAGCAGAAUGGAGCGGCUGGAGUCGUACAUAUUGCGACGAUUACGGCGGAGAAAAAGGGUAUCGUGUGGGAGUUUCGACUACCCGAAUCCAUAAAGGAUAGUGAAGGAGGUAGUAAUGCUACUGUCAACGGGCAUGGCAGGAUGGCGGCGUCUAUCAGGGAGUUUUGCAGGUUCGACCUAGAAGGAACCGACGACUUGGCAUACGUGCUGCCUGUAGACCCGGCCGGGUCGUCGCCUACGAUAUCAGGAUUCCUAGAUGUGUUCGCACGGGACGUGGCAGUAUCGUACACGCACCAGGGGCGGGUCGACUUUCUGACGGCGCGAGUAGAUGGGCAAAAUUCACAGGUCGAGUGGCUCACCACUUGCUCCAUGGAGACGGGUCUGCAGAACCCAAGCCUUGUGAGCGGGAGCACGCUCAAGAGGGCGGCGCUGGUCAACGCUGGUAGGAGCAGCCUGACCAUCUGGGACAUUCGCGGCGCGCGGCUCGAGUAUGCGCAGGACUUUGACGAGGGUGGCGUCAUCAACGACCUGGACUGGACCCUGACGCCGGACAAGCAGUCGGUGCUGGCGGUCGGGUUCCCGCACCGCGUGGUGCUGCUGUCGGAAAUGCGGUUCGACUACCUCAACAAGGGCCCAGCCUGGGCGCCGAUUCGCGAGAUCAGCAUCCGCGAAAUGACACCGCACCCAAUAGGGGACUCGACGUGGCUCGGCGAUGGGCACCUGGUCAUUGGAGCAGGCAAUCAGCUGUUUGUGCACGACCGGCAAUACGAUGUUGCGGCAGCGGCUGCAGGGUCUUCUCUGGUUGAGGGCCUGAGACUCGAGAGGCUGCACGGCAAGGGGGCAAGCAGCAGAUGGGAUCUGUUUGACGUCGUACAGAGGUUGAAUGGGCCGCUGCCCGUCUUUCAUCCACAGUUCCUGAGCCAAUGCAUGCUAGCCGGAAGAACAGGGCUGCUGAGAAAGAUAUUGCUGGCGCUGUGGAAGACACUAAAAUACUGGGUUGAAGGGGAGCCUGUGGACGACUACUUGGGCCUGGACACGGAAGAGUUUUACGGUGGUGGCGGCGGCGGCGGUAAUACAGAAGGCGGUUCACGGCAGGAUUCCGGCGGGUUCAUGUCCAGCAGCCAAGACUACGACGUUGACGGGGAGGCGUUUGACGAGGAGCUGGCGCAAAAGAUCAACGAAAAGCUGACGCGGGUGGACCUGACGCAGCUCUCGGGGCACGAGCAGAUCCAGCUGGUUGACAUUGUCGAGUGCGCCGGGCUGGUCGAGUCGCAACGGCGCAGCAUGGACGAGAACGGGGCUCGGUUCGUGCUCUCGCUUCGGCAGCAUGCGCUGCGCAAGGGCAGGACCAGCGAGGUCCACAUGGGCUGGCGAGAGAUCAACUGGGCGUACCACUCGGAGAGCCAGGACAUACUGGUCGACUUUGUGGACAGGCAGAACCAUGGGAGUCUGAGGUGGGAAGGGGCCAGGGAGAGUGGCAUGUUUAUGUGGCUGGGUGAUAUUGCGGCGGUGAGACGACAAUUCGAGGUCAUUGCACGCAACGAGUACACCAAGAGCGAUCUCAAGAAUCCGGUGGACUGCAGCCUGUACUAUCUGGCGCUGCGCAAGAAGACGGUCCUGCAGGGCCUGUGGCGGAUGGCGUCGUGGAACAGGGAACAGAAGGCGACGCAAAAGCUGCUGGCCAACAACUUUGAAGACCCAAAGUGGCGGACGACGGCGCUAAAGAACGCCUACGCGCUCAUGAGCAAGCGGCGGUUCGAGUACGCGGCCGCCUUCUUCCUCCUGGCCGACCACCUGCACGACGCCGUCAACGUGUGCCUGAACCAGCUGAGGGACAUGCAGCUCGCCAUCGCGGUCGCACGUGUCUACGAGGGCGACGGUGGCCCCGUGUUGAGGCGGCUGCUGGAGGAGGAGGUUCUUGCCGCGGCGGCGAGGGAGGGAAAUAGAUGGCUUGCGAGUUGGGCGUUUUGGAUGCUCAAGAGGAGGGAUAUGGCUGUGCGGGCUUUAAUUACACCCGUCUUCAACCUCCUCGAGACACCAGCAGACCCUAGCGACCUCCUCAGGUCCAAGCUCUUCCUGACAGACGACCCGGCGCUGAUCGUUCUGUACGCCCAGCUGCGGCAGCGAUCGCUGCAGACGCUGCGGGGGGCCAGCAAGGUGACCCCGCGGGUCGAGUGGGAGUUUGUGCUGCACAACGCGCGGCUCUACGACCGCAUGGGCUGCGACCUUUUGGGUCUGGACCUGGUGCGCAACUGGGAGUUCCUCAAGCAGCCGACCGAGAGUGCGGGGGCCAAGGGUGGGCAGCUCGGAGGCGAGGUCAACCCGCUGAACCUGCUCAGGAGGAGGAGCUCGCUGGUGGUGGCGGACCUGCCGAUUCUGGGCGGGCCGCUGUCGCCGACGGCGGUGGCAGGGGGUAAGAAGGGAGCCAACAAGGAUGGGAACGGGGCGGCGCCGACUGUGUUUGAGGAGCCGGAUGCUAAUUCGUUGUUGGAUAGUUUUGGGUUUUGAGGUUUGGGGUUGUAGUGACGUGAGGAUUAGACCUGGAGUGGGCUUUGCUAGUUGUAUGAUGGACGUGUGUGUGUGUGUGUGUGUGUAUAAUUUGGCAGUGGAUAAUAUAUGAAUAAAUAAG